GUGGGUAGUCCCCCCGAGCUCCCCGAUAUCACCAAGGUCACCUUGUCGGAAACCAGAUCUUGCUUGGUCUCGGACCUCGGAAGCGCCGCCCCGGAUUAUAUAAACCCCGCAGAACCUAGUCUAGCCCAACUUCCCCAGAUUCAGCGCGCGCCAACCAGACGGCAAACAUUACUCUUCAACUUAGAUGGAGUCGGAAUUGACGACACGGCCCGCCAAGAUGUCGAAACGAAGCUGGUCCGAGGCUGAGAAUGGUGAGAAUCAGUUUCCGCCGCAGAUCUCGAGAAAGGUCAAGGCUUGUACGGCGUGUCGAAGACAGAAGAUUAAAUGUCUGAUUGAUGAGAAUGGACCGCCUUGUCGACGAUGUGCGGAGAAGGGACUCGGUUGUGUCUUGGGGAAGAAUCUGCAGACAAUUCUUGAUGAGAAAUCGCAGUACAGUAACUCCCCUCUUUAACACUUCAUCUCACUGACAGUCUUCAGAUUCACACAAGACGUAGUUUCAGACCUCGAGCAAAUGCAUAAUUUCCUCAAACAAGUCGCCGGCAGACUCGACCUGGACUUACCACCACUCCGCUCAUUCUCCGGAUCAGCAGAAGGACCAAAAGAUGAAUCACCAAGCCUGUCAAACAAAGGCCAUCACGUUCCCUCACGCGACAACUCACCAAAGCUCAUGCCAGAAGACGAUGAUGUUCCAUAUGCGCCUAUCCACUCACUAUAUACACUCACGAAACUACGUGCUCUUCGGUCACCGGAUGAUAUGAAUUCGCAGCAGAAUCCAGGUAUGGAAGAUGUGAUAACGAAACGUCUCAUAUCAUUAGCCGACGCAGAACGACUUUUCAACUUUUACCGAAAACGUCUGGAUCCGUAUAUCUAUCUCAUUGGAUGUCCCUAUGAGACGAUGCAAGAGUGCCGACAAAAGAGCCAAUUCCUUCUCGUAGCAGUCCUCACAGUAGCAGCUCUCCAUGACUCAACCGCAGAUUACAUAUACCCCGUAAUAAGCUCCGAAUUCCGCAGACUCUUCGAGACAUCAAUAUUCGAAAGACGCCUGAGUCGCGAUUAUCUCCGUGCCCUAUGCAUCGGGUGCUACUGGCUGAGCGAUUUAUCAUGGAUGCUAUCAGGCCACGCGAUACGAAGAGCAGCUGAAUUCGAUCUUCAUAACAGCUACGACAGAGCUAUCGAAAAAGCCAGUACCGAGGAUGCGCAGUGUGCGAGGAUUUGGUACAUACUCUGUGUUUGCGACCAGCAGCUUGCGACGCAGUAUGGGAGACCGUCGAUAGUGCAGGAAGAUCCUUCGACGCAGGGCGCUACGGAUUUCUUGCAUUGUGCUGUUUCGCAUGAGGAGGAUAGACGGUUGUUGAGUCAAGUGACUGUUGUGAGCAUUUUGAGGAGUAUCCGUGAGCUGUUUACUGCGAAUAAGGGGAAGCCGAUACCAAGGCUGCAUCUGAACCAUAUUUCGCAUUUUCGGAUACAACUUGAUCAGUGGUUCGCUUUCUGGACAGAUCAAGUUCAAGAACGCUGGCCUGGCAUCGGUGGUUUUCCAAGAAAAGGCAUAAUCCUCCACUACAACUUCGCCCAGCUCUACCUUUACUCUCACGUCUUCCGAGGCCUCUCCAAAGACGAACACAUCCCGCACUACUUCCUCGACUGUGCCCUCAACGGGAUAACAGCCGCCACAACGAUCAUCGACAAAUUCGUCAACGACCCCGACGUAGCCCUCGGCAUCGUCGGGAUGCCAUCAUACGUUCACUCCAUGACAGCAUUCGCCUCCAUGUUUCUAACAAAAGUCGCGACAAAAUAUCACGAUCUCAUCGAACGUGAUAAAGUGUACGAACUGAUCAUGGGAUUGGUGCAGCAGUUUCGGUCACAGCCAGCUGGGAAGUGGCAUCUGGCGAAUCUCAUGACCGGUGGGCUUGAGAGGAUGGCGCAGACGCUCAAGUUGGAAAUUCCAGGGGAUAUGGGCCCGCCGUUGGGGGUUGAGAUGGAUCAGAAUGUUGAUACAGGAAUAUCGGGAGUUUCAGGGGUUGAUGCUUUUUUCCCUGACUUGCCGGGCGAUUUCUUUUUUAACUACGAUAUGAGUUUCGAGAUGUCUGCGCCUUUGUAGAGUCAGGAGUUGUAUGUACAUGUAACUUAUCGUUUGCCAGAUCCAGAAGGAUUAGAAAGUAAAGCUGCCGAGCCUGGCCACCGAAAGCAUUAUAUACUGAAGAACCCAUAUGAACCGAAUUUGUUCUGAACAACAAUG